ACAACCAGUUAUAUAGACAUUGUUUUUGUUUUCAAAAUAUUUCAACUUGAAUGUCAUCAUCAUACCUUUGAAUUUGUUUUUGUUUGGUUCAUCUCAGAUCGAAAUGAAUAUUCAUCGUAAAUAUUUAUUGCUAUUAUUAACACUUGUCAUGAUGAUAGCGAUGGUGAUGGCUCAGAAUAAUGAUCGUAUCAAAUUGAAAGAUAUUCAAACAUUAACAUUAUAUUCGGAUCGUUGGACACAAUCAAGACUGACAUCACCGAUUCAACAAUUAACAUGUGUUGGUGGAUAUUGUAAUAAAGUGAAAAUACCGACAGCUCAGUGUUAUAAUCGUGGAUCGGAUGGUCGAUCCAUUCAAUGGGAAUGUAAAGCCGAAAUGCCUUCCAAAUAUAAAUUCGGACAAUUGGAUAUGUCAUGCGAAUUUUAUGAUUCACCUGAAGAUGAAUACGUUCUGGCUGGUUCCUGUGGCCUACGAUAUACCAUCGAAAAACGUUCGCUUGUUGAUGGUGGUGCUGGUCAUCAGCCAGGUGGAAAUUAUUUUGGUAAUGCUAAUCAAAUGAAACCAAAAUCAACUUCGAAUGAAUCAUUUUCCUUCAUACCAAUCAUAAUCAUUGCCUUGAUCAUCUUUUUCAUCUAUUAUAAAUGUCUUCGAAAAAAAUCCAAACCAAAUCAAACCGAUUCACAUCCGGCUAAUGAUGCUAAUCAAUACCCAUUCUUUGCGAGACCUACAGCACCGCCAGCACCUGGAUUUCGACCAGAUCUAUUUGAUCAACAAUCACCACCACAACAGCCAUUACAACAACCAAUGGGUCAUGGUUAUCCAAAUUAUGGUGGUGGCAUUGGUGGUGGAACAUCCGGAGGGAAAAGUAAUUUUUUACCUGGCUUAUUGGGCGGUGCAGCUGCCGGUGGUCUUAUGGGAUAUCUAUUUGGUGCAAGUCAAAAUCGUACCGUACCGGAUUACGGUGGUGAUAAUUUCAGUCGACCAUCAACCAUCGAUACAUUUGGCAAUUCAUCAUUCGAUAUCGAUGAUGGUGGCGGUAUGAUCGAAUCGACUGGCUUUGCAUCUACUUCCGAACGAUAAAAAGAAAAAGAAACUUAUUCAUUUAUUAGUUAUUUUCAUUCGAUUUGGUUGCAAAUUGAGUAUUGUUACUUAGACUAAUACUCCACGCUUAAUCGAAUUAAGAAAAAUAUUCUAAACAACUUAU